AUGUCUGCCGCAACCGCUACCACCACUGCUGCCGCUGACCCUCGUCACGCUUCGUACGACUGCAAGACUCCCAGCGAGCACAUCGCCCUCUACGACAAAUGGGCUGCCACAUAUAAUGACGAUGUCAUGGGUCCAUCGACCCUCUACGUCGGACCAAAGCUCGUUGCUGAGGCAGUGCUGGCCAACAAUGGCAAGAUUGACGGAGCCGUACUCGACGCUGGCUGCGGCACUGGACUCUCCGGUGUGGCCCUCGCUCAGGCUGGUGCCAAGGUCAUUGACGGCAUCGAUCUCUCCCCUGGAAUGCUAAAGAUCGCCAAAGACACUGGCGUAUACCGCGACCUCUGGCCUGUGGACAUGACCAAGCCAAUCGAACAACCAGACGAAUUCUACGACGUUGUCACCUGCGUUGGCACUUUCACCACUGGCCAUGUCGGCCCAAGCCCCGCCCUGCCAGAACUUGUGCGAGUCUUGAAGCGAGGUGGUCUCGUCGUUGCCACUGUCCUUGACACUCUUUGGAAGCCAGAAGGAUUCGAAGCCGAAGUUGAACGCCUGCGACAAAUUGGAGCAGUCGACGUUCUCAGCACAAAGGUCGACGACUACAGGAAGGGUGACAACGCUCGCGCAGUUAUGCUCGUGCUUCGGAGGAAGUAG